ACAAUCAUUGUCGUCAUCUUCUCCUCCUCCUCCUCCUUUCUUCCCCGUUAAACACAAUCUCUCUCUCUGGACCAUAAAGCAACCGGCCGAUCUAGACGUCUUACUCCAGACAUUUUCACGAUCAGUCUGUCCAUCUGGGUCUUUGUUUAUUCGAGGAAAGGGAGAGUCUCGGUGCUGGCGAAUCUGCUCUUCUGGGAUCAGAUCAACGGUUGCCCGUGUUCGGGAUUGUUGAGCUGCUAAGUUAGAUCUGAUAACUCGGAAGAAAUGUCUUUCAUCGGUACCCAGGUGAAGUGCAAGGCUUGCGAGAAGACUGUAUAUCCCGUGGAGCAGAUAUCGGCCGAUGGGGUCGCUUAUCAUAAGUCCUGCUUCAAGUGUAGUCAUUGUAAGGGGACUUUGAAGUUGAGUAGCUAUUCCUCAAUGGAGGGUGUCCUCUACUGUAAGCCUCACUUUGAACAGCUCUUUAAGGAGACUGGCAAUUUCAGCAAGAACUUUCAGUCGCCUGCAAAGUCAGCUGAGAAGCUUACUCCAGAGCUGACGAGGUUGCCUGGCAAGGCUGCAAGCAUGUUCUCCGGUACACAAGAUAAAUGUGCAACCUGCGGCAAGACCGCCUACCCUCUUGAGAAGGUAACAGUGGAGAGUCAGACCUAUCACAAAUCGUGUUUCAAGUGCUCCCAUGGAGGCUGCCCGAUAACUCCCUCGAACUAUGCUGCCCUCGAGGGCAUCCUGUACUGCAAGCACCACUUCUCGCAGCUUUUCAAGGAGAAGGGCAGCUACAACCACCUCAUUAAAUCCGCCUCGAUGAAGCGUACAGCCGCAGCAGCAGCAGCAGCAGCAGACACUCCCGAAUCUUAAGACCGUCUUCUAACUUCCAUUGUUGCUCAUUUGCUAAAUGCAUCUAUUCCGGCUUCAUCUGCGUGUUCUGGUUUUCCGUUUUGUUAAAGCUUCUCGUAGAUUUCUUUGGCGAGAGACUUUGCGAAAAGAACCCGGUUCAUUGGAUUGUGUGACGAUUUGAUCAAAUGGGAUAUUGUGCCCCUGAGUUGUAAGAAAUUACUGAUCAAAAUUUUAUCAGACUUCUUUCUUCUCUUCCA